AUGCCUGACUACGUCAUCCAAGGCUGCACAAUUCAAGAUGCUGCAGACGUAGCCCGCAACAACAUGUCCUCCUUUUGGCAAGACCAGAAUUGGCGCAUUGUAUGGAAGCACUCCACACUUCCCCGCGUCAUCGAGGCGUGCACUGCCCGCUCGCCACGGAACCUUCUCAAGGACCGGGCGCUCCUCCGCCACUUCAAAGCCGUUGACCCCGAGACGGGCAAAUUCGUCGGUUAUGCCCGCUGGAAACUCCCACCCGGAUACCACACCAACGAGGACGGUACUGCCGUCUGGCCGGAGGGUCAGACACCGGAUGUCAGUUCCGAGGAAAGGGCAAAGAUCGAGGAGGUCGCGGAUGCAGCAGACUGGAACCCGGAUGACGAGGGGGACGACCUUGAUGCGCCCAUCACAAGGAGGAAGAUCGAGUACCUAGCAAAGAAGGAUUACAUAAUUCUUGACUUCUUUGCGGUACACCCCGAGAAUCAAGGCAAAGGCGUCGGAACGGCCCUCCUCGAACAUGGGAUCGCAAAGGCCAGAGAGUUGAAUAUCGACAUCUUUGUUUUGGGCAUGGUUGGCGGUUGGCGAAUUUACAAGCGGAUGGGAUUCAAGCUGAUGGAAACUGUAGUCCAGGAUGCUACAAAGUAUGGUGGUAACGAAAAUUAUGCAUUUCAAUUCUUGGAGUACGAGAUCAGGAACAAGGACAAGGACACGGAGUAG